AUGGACUUGACCGCUUCAGCAGCGUUGAAUUACACCAUGCCAAACAUGCUUUCCCAACUCGUCGGUGCUUUCGCCCUCCUCACUGCGCUCCCCUUUGCGCAUGCUGCACCAAGCCUUGACAAGCAAUGUUCAACUGCGCGCACGGAGCACAAACGCAGAUUAUUUGUGCUCACGGAUAUCAGCAAUGAGCCUGAUGAUCAGAUGAGUCUGGUCCGACUUUUGACUUACGCCAAUGAGAUUGAUAUUCAAGGCAUCUCUGUGACUACUUCGACAUGGAUGCCUGAUAAGAUCGACUAUGAAUCUGUCGUUGGUGUUUUGGAUGGUUAUAAGAAGGUUGUGAAUAGCCUCAACGCCAAUGUUCCUUCUCACGCGCCUUAUCCUUCGUACAAGUACCUUCUUGAUCGAGUUCAUAAAGGUCAUCCUGUCUAUGGACGAAAAUCACUCAAUAUGAGUCUGAGUGAUGGUGCGAAAGCGCUUGUUAAAGCUGCUGACAAGGCGAGUGUCGACGAUCCUCUUACAGUUUCCGUUUGGGGCGGAUCAGCGAUUUUGGCUGAAGCUCUUCAACACGUUUCUCGCACAAGAAGUGAAGACGCUGUUGAUGCUUUCGUCGAGAAGCUUCGCGUUUACGCUAUCUCUGAUCAAGAUGACACCGGUAUCUGGAUUCGCCUUCGUUAUCCACUACUCUUCUACGUGGUCUCUCUGCACGGCUUCAGCGAGUAUACUGUUGCAGCAUGGAACGGUAUCUCUGGCGAGGAGUACCGAAACUUUGAUCACGGUGGCCCAGAUUCCAGCAUCGUCUCUAAUGACUGGCUCGAGAAGAACAUCCGACUUGGUCCUCUAGGAUCUCACUACCUCAAUUGGUCUUUCAUCAUGGAAGGCGACACACCCGCUUUUCUACCUCUCGUCCAGAACGGUCUGGGUGAUGUUAACCAUCCAGAGUGGGGUAGCUGGGGCGGUCGCUAUACACUCCUCGAUCACACGAACCACUCAAGUACACCCCUGGGCAGCAGCGUUGUUCUCGAUGCAUCUAACAGUUGGGACCCUGAUGGGGAUAACCUCACGUACGAUUGGUUCCACUACCGCGAGCCUGGUGGUGCUUACGGACGAGGCUUAGAAGGCUUUGACCCUUCGCUCAAGAUGAAGCCAAUCUUGACGCCCAAGAGCCCGAAUGUCAAUAUCACAAGCAUCAAGGAUGAUGGAAGUAUCGCCAAGCUGGAGACUGCUAAGAGUCUGAACGAUACAAUGCAUAUUAUUCUUGCCCUUCGUGAUGCGACAGAAAAGCCUCUGGCUACCUAUAGACGCAUAAUUCUUGAGGCUAAAUAGUCUUACGAACAUGCCGAGUAUUAUAUAGUAAUACAUAAAAAAAUUCCCUUCUG